GUGAGAUGUAAUAGGAGAAGAAUCUAGCUGCGGGUUGUACAUGUGAAUAACUUGCUGUGCCUUGAGAAGUCGCAUACAGGCCAGACCCACUUUGCUCGUCGCAGGAAGGAACAAACGAGGCAAGUCAGCUUGAACAUUGACCCUUCAUGAUACACCAGUUUUUCGCGUCAUAGCGACAUUGAAUGCUGAUGGCAUCUUGAUGCUCGGAACUGCGACUCAAGUAUGCUCUCUCGCAAUUUCCGAACCGCAUACAGUCAUGUUCCCCCGAUCUUCUACAGUUUACGCGCUUCGGCGCGUUCGAGGUGUCCCACCGUGAUCCUCACCCGCACUACGCCUGCGGCCUCAUCUACAUUAACAUCCGAGGCAUCUCCAGAUCGCGUCGAGUACGAAUGGACCGAAGGAAUUGAAGACUUGGAGGAGUACUGCCCAGGCGGAUACCACCCCGUCUCAAUCGGCAACGUGCUGCACAAUCGCUACGAGAUCAUUGACAAACUGGGGUAUGGAGGCUAUUCGACGACCUGGCUCGCGCGCGAUCGUUACCAUCAGAAAUAUGUCGCUGUCAAGGUUGGUAUUUCCGAUGCGCCUCUCCAUCAGAGAAACGAAAGUCGCAUCCUGCAACGGCUCAGCCAUCCCCGCAUACCCAAAAUCCUGGAUCAUUUCGAUGUCACUGGACCUAAUGGAACACAUCCAUGCUAUACAAUGGCGGUCGCGCAGGGCAAUCUCAAUGACGCUCUAUGUAAGCCAAUGUUUCCUGUCGAGGUUGGAAGGGUUCUGGCAGCAAAACUUGCAUCUGCUGUUGCCUACAUCCACUCACAAGGCUAUGUGCAUGGAGGUUAGUUCUCGGCAUCGCAGUCCAGAUCUAUCCAACAUCACUCAGACCUACACAUCCGGAACAUGCUCAUACAGACUCCUUCACAGCUUGACCAGCUUUCAGUGGAGCAAUUCCGAGAGAAAUUUC